UAUCAAGAUACGUUCGUAAAAUGGCGCGAAAAACAGAAAGUAUCUUACCACACUCAAAUUACGUGCAAGAUGGUAGUACAUCUACUAUCUUAGCUGAUGCAAAAGACAAUCCUAAUAAUGCCAAGAAAAGUUUUGUAAAACGUAUAAGAAGAUUUAUGAAGCUUCAUUGUAAUAAAUCUCGAAUAAUCCUUCUUAUAAUUUUUCUCAUAACAAUUUCUGCCAUAAUAACAAUUUUCUUAAUUUUAAAUAAAAAUCCUUUUGUAUUAAUAAGACCUCUUUGUAAAUCACAAUUCGGUAUGCCAUCCCUUAAUCAAACCUUUACUGCCUUAGCUAAAUUAGAAACAAAUCAAGUAGAUGAUAGUUCAAUUUCGUACACUUUUACGGAUUCUUCUGGUUUCAUAGGAAAAUAUAGAUUUGGUGAAAUAAUGUUGA